AUGAAUCUCAACCCCUACGCUCAAGCUGGAUGGGGCGACUCUAGUGGUGGAAAUGGUCCUGCACCUUCCAUCUUUGGAGCCCUUCCAUUUUCUUCACAGUCCACAGGCCCCUCUACUCAUAAAUUCCAAUUUACUGCAUUCAAUCCCAAUAUUCUAGACUGCACUGUACUUGGGCCCAGUUCGAACACUUACUUUCGAGUCCUUAAUAACACCCCAUCCCAGAAUUUCACGCUCGUUCAAAACCGCGAGGGCAAGAGUAUCGCCGUCCUAGAAUGGAGAGGAUCUUCUGGUGUUGUCGUCGAAGUCCGCGAUAUCAUUCGCAAGCAGUUCGUCGCUUCGUGGCUGCAGUUGUCGACAGAUGGAAAAUAUCGGUUUAUGAAUGCGCACGAUCGCACUUUUGUAUGGGUCCCACAAGAUGAGUAUGUAGGGCUCUAUACUUAUGGGACGACCACCCCCGAGCUUUAUGCUAGAUUAAGUCGGGCUGACGGAGGGGUUACAUUAGAGAUCACUUCUACUGCCAUUCGGGAAAGUUUACUCGAGUGCUGUGUGGUUGCGACCGUGCUGCUGCAAUCUGGACGGUCCAUUGACUGA